ACCAGACCAGCUCACAAACCGACGUCAGUUACCCGCUCAGUAUGGCAGAGGCCGAAGGUCCUACGCCUCGCGCGCCCGAUCCAUUUGUGGGCCUGACAUGACGUCGGUUUGAUGUCAAAAUGGUGACGCUUCUACAUACACUGAAGGAAUGUCACAUCAUAAAUAGUUUGCUGUACACAUUCCAAGUUUUUGGCAUCUUUCAAUACUUUGAUCUUUCGACGGAUACAUUGAACUUUUGUUUGCAAACUCCAAAUACCCAACGGCCAAAUCUAUACCGCGAAUAUGAGCCAGAACAAGAACCCAGAUGCAGUCAGUGACGGGCGCGAGUUCGCCGGACAUGUUGCUCCCAGCGAACCUCUCAUGACUGGCGGUCACCAACCCGGCAAGCUCGUCGGCAAUGAUGCAGUCCCUGAAUUCCAUGCUCAAACCCUUCCUCCCGGCUCGGCACCUGCAGACAAGACGUUUACGCCAAACCCCGACAUCAACAACCAAAAGAUGUACCACCAGGCCUCUGACACUCUGCAAGGGGCUACCUCUGCCGACGUUCACACCGGUCUCGGUCAUCCAGGCCAAGGCCAGACUUCUCAGGAACUCCACGACGGUUCAAGGGUUGGACAGGGCCUUGCUGGGUUGGCGUCUGGGGUCAAGGACCAGCAGGCCGGUGGCGCCAUCGAGACGCUGAAGGAUGACCCUCGACAUGCUGCUCAGAGGAACCUGGGCGACGUGCCUACGGGUCAGAGGGGUACUGUUGGCGGUCCGCCGGCUGAGGAGAGAGAGCCUGCUCAGGCUUAAGGCUACCUUUUUUUUUAUGAGAAUAUGAAUGCAUGAGGGUAUGACGCGCAGUAUAAAAAGGAGCAUGGGCAGUUGCAAUCCAUUUCAUCUGCCGUCGAAGCUGAAGGAACUUGGGCUAAAAGUGCUUGAGCGUAAUGGAUUAACUGCAGAAUAAAACCUUGUUUAAUAUGAAAA